UGCGGCUGAAAUCUGGACGGUGUGCCUGUGCCGCUGCUGGAGGCAAUGUGGAUACAGCACUCAGGUUUUCAUUCUGCAGAUAAGUGUGUGACUAUAAACGCAAACAGGCGGAAAAUGUAGAUAAAAGUUUCUCCUCUUUUUUACUGCCUUUCUUCUCCCGGUUGUGUGAGCGGUCUGCCUCGAGCGUUUUACAUGCGGACUGUCAUUCAGAAAUACUACAGCCUCACGUGUUUGACCUUAGACUGUGCAUUGGAGAUUUUUUAUAUGCUUUUACUCUCAUAUUUUUUGCUCGUUUAGUCACAGAAGACUUUGUGCACUUUGGUAAAGUCUUCACAGCGAGUUGGAGUCCCGGUGACAGACGCGUCCCUUUGCGUUUGUGAAUUAUUCUCUGCUUGAAUCACGGAUUAAGUUAUCGUAAUCUUAAAAUCAUUUAAGGACUCUUUCUGGGAGAAAGGCAUGGUAUACCUGCAGGUCAUCAGAGGGUAACAGACUGUGGAUAUCUCAUCAAUUUUUACAAUCAAACAGGCUGAAAUUCUUCCAGAAAAUUAAACCUAAAUGGAUCUUCUGUGGGUCUGUCUGUUGCUGGAGGUGUUCCUGAUGUCCACUGCUGCCAGGGGUCCACCCAGGGUGUCAGAGCGUGUGGCCCACCGGCAGAGCAUCCGCCUGGGUCGCACCAUGAAGCUGCCCUGCCCCGUGGAGGGCGACCCGCCGCCGCUCAUCAUGUGGACCAAAGACGGCCGCAACAUCCACAGUGGCUGGACACGGUUCAGGGUGUUACAGCACGCUCUGCGCAUCAAAGAGGUGGAGACUGACGACGCAGGGACUUACAUCUGCAAGGCUACCAACGGGUUUGGCAGCGUGAACAUCAACUACACACUCAUCGUUAUCGGUAAGUCUGUAAAAACAAUUUAA